GGCAACUACGUUUUGCAAUGUAGUUUUAAAUUUAAUUCGCCGGAUAUAAACUAUCACGCGCAGUGCAUAUCGAUUUACAUACGUGUUGUGAAAAGACGAAAUUUAAGACAACUCACGUGAAAAUAACGCUCGUAUAAAUGUUAAAGUGCAUUAACGACAAAAAAUUCCAUAAACGAGCCAAGAGGAAAAAAAGAUGGCUAUUCCACGCCACGGACUUUCAAUCCUUGAUGUAUUUCAACUUCACUUUCUGCAAAAUUCUUGGAAUAUUUCCGUACAAGAUCGAGGCUUCGACUUUUGAGACUUCCAAACUACGAUACAUUCUGUGGAUUAUCGUUGCCUGUGCCGCCUGCAUUUAUGAGCUAAUGAUGUUCUAUGUACUCAACUUUUCUGGAAGAGUCAGACUUGAAGUGCCCAAAACUAUUACGUAUAAUAUGCAUUUUCUGCUUGGGAUAUUCAUAAUGGUUGUCUGGUAUGUUUUGACCGGUCCGCGAAUGCGCUUGCUCCAGACUGUACAAAAAAUUUCUUGGAGAUUGCCCCCAAAGUCGUAUCAGAACCUCUCAAAACUAAUUCAUGCCAAAGAUAUUUUCGGUUUUCUCGUUCUAUUGUGGCUAAUAUUAAUGGUAUUUUUAAACACUUCUGAUAUGGUUAUUGAUACCUUGUACGAACCAUUCAGAGUGUAUAUCGCCAUGAUAGCGUUUCAAAUGGAUAUGCUAUAUAUGAAUUGUGUUUGUGUCCUUAAAGCUUGUCUCAAAGAAAUCAAUAACAAUCUGGAGAACCUGCAAGAAUUCGUAGUGAACGAUAUCUCCAGACGGGUCUAUCAUAAGCAAAGAAAUCCAUUUCGACUGAUAGAGAUCAUAGCUUUGAAAAAGCAGUAUCUGGCAAUCAACGACGCAGUACAGAUGCUAAAAAUGGUCUUCAGUUUGCAACUUCUCGUUGCCAUAGUCAUGGUCUUCAAGCAGAUCACUUUCUUUCUGUAUUUUCAUGUAGUGCAGUGGCAAGGCGAGAUAUCCAUUCGUUUGGAUAAGCAGAUUGGUAUUGAAUACUUCGUGUCGUACAUAACGUAUUAUCUUUUAAGAAUAACAUUGAUAGUGUGGGCUUGCGAAACCGGCAAGAAUCAAGCUGUAGAGAUCGGCACCACCAUUCACGAAGUACUUAAUAUCACCAAUGAUGAGAAAAUAAAAUAUGAGUUACGACUAUUUUCCUUGCAAAUAUUGCAUUGCGAUAAUACUUUUUCCGCGAAAGGUCUUACUGUGGACGCUAAGCUUCUCACUGCAAUGGUGAGUAGUAUCGCUACAUAUCUAUUAAUCUUAAUACAAUUUUUGGGUAUGUCGCAUUCUUACAACGGAAAGACUGCAAUCAAUGUUACAGAAGUGAUUUAAUUUAAAGAAAGUACAUAAUCAACGCGUUGUAUUAUAAUACUUUUUUUAUGUAUGUCCACAUAAUUUGUCUCAUACGUAAUAAUCUACAUAUGCUGGAUGGUAUGUCGUAUAUCAUAG